ACGCGAUCAACCCUCCCCAUCCCAGACUACUCCAUCACCCUUUCUCCUUUCAUCCUUUCUCAACUUUCUUGAAGCGGCCAGCUUCAGACUCACAAAAUGGGCAAAAAGAGACGUGGACCCACGUUAGAAGAAGUACUAGCUCGUCCAUGGUGCUACUACUGCGAGCGCGACUUCGAUGACCUCAAGAUCCUUAUCUCACAUCAGAAAGCGAAGCAUUUCAAAUGCGAGCGAUGUGGGCGCAGACUAAACACGGCCGGAGGCUUGUCCGUGCACAUGAGUCAGGUACACAAGGAGCAGCUUUCUGCGGUCGACAAUGCCCUUCCGAACCGGUCCAGUCUUGACGUGGAGAUCUUCGGCAUGGAGGGUGUCCCCGAGGACAUCAUCCAGACGCACAACCAGCGGAUGGCGAUGCAGUUCCAGCAGGCAGAGGCCGAGCGGCAGGCCGUGACGGGCAAUCCGCCUCCUGGGACGACAGCGCCGGGCGGUCAGCCGGCGAAGAAGCCCAAGCUGGAGAGUGUAUCCGACCUCAAGAAACGGCUGGCGGAACACAAGGCCAAGAUGGCGGAGGCUCGUGCGGGCGGCAGCAGUGGCGAGGCCACGCCUGUGGGAGCCGGUCAGACGCCGACGAUGGGCGGAUACGCCGCCACCUCCAAUGCAUCACCCGCGACCACUACCACCCAAUUCUCCUACCCUCAGUCCUACGGCGCCGCCUCUCCCUUCCAACAACCCCCGCAACAAACGGCCAGCCCUGUUUACCCAACCUUCUCGCCCGGUGGCCAGGCAACCACGCAGUAUGCCCCCGCCGCGGGCUUCUCCCCGCAGCCGUUCGCGACUGGAACCCCCGGCCAACAGCCGUACGGUGCCACGCCCCCGACCUACGCGACGCAACAGCCCCCGCCCCAAACACACACUCCUCCUCAGCCCGGAGCCGCGUUCCCGCCCCGCCCUGUUGGACUUCCCGCCGCGCCUGGUCUCCCCCAGCGUCCGGCGAUUGGCGCUCCGCAGGUCAACGCAUACCAGAUGCAGCAGAUGCACAUGGGCCACACGGUUCCGCCGACCACCGUGAACGGCGCGGACAAGGUUCCGGGGGCGGCGGACAGCGCGGGCUUCUCCGGCUCAGUGGACGAUCUGAUCUCGGGGGCGGCGAGACAGGCCGAGGUUACAGCGGCGACACCCCCCACCACCACGACCACGACUGCCGGCAAACCGGCCGAGGGCGAGGAGCAGAAGCCCAAGAAGGACAAGGCCAAGGCGCGCUUGGUGUAUUCGGAUAACGAGACCAGCCCGGAGGAGAAGAUGGCUAGGUUGUCAAGGUACGCAUAUGUUCCUGACCAGCGAGGGGAGACGGUACUCGAAGAGCUUCCAUCGGCCGUCGUGGUGGGCGCGAUCCGGGAAUCGGACACGGUGGUGGAUGCGACGGACUAAGCCUGCUUGCGCGACUGCCUACACACACAAACACUCACAAACGCAAAACGCACACGAGACAUCGAAGAAGAAAAAGAUGCAGAACAAAAAAAAAAGAAAACUCCAUAAACAUCAGCUAAGUCUCUGUUCACAUCGCACUAAACGUCAAUGGCCGUUUUCUUUUGUCUCUUGCUGUUGCUACUCCUACUACUUGACCCGGUGGCAGUGGGUCGACCCCCCAUUUUCUCGCGGAAAAGUGAGCACCGAUGUGCAGCAAGAAAGAGAAGUUGGUGAGUGACGCACCUUUGACAUGCCAUGCUUUAUCUUCGAAGACCGAACGAUUCCAGGUUUCCUCGAUUGACAUCUUGGGUGCGGCGGCGGGCCGUUGGGGUAAGAUGUAAGUCCAGUCUAGAAGGUAGGCCAUUACACUAAGGAAUAUGAGCUGCGACCAGUUUGAGCACCUGGACAAUAGAAUG